AUGUCCGAGAUCAAGGGUGAUAUGUCGCGGACGCCCUCGCCCGACGGCGGCGCCAAGGAGGCGCAGGUCGUACCCGUCGUCGAUAUCGACGACGGCUUCGACCCACAGUUCGUCAAGCGCACCAUGCGCAAGGUCGACUGGCGCCUCAUCCCCAUCCUUAUUGCCAUGUACACCAUCUCGCUCAUCGAUCGCACCAACCUCGCCACCGCGCGUGCCGCCAACAAGGUCAAGAUGGACCGCGAGAUCGGCACCGGCUACGGCCAGCGCUACACCAUCAUCACGCUGACCUUCUUCAUCCCUUAUAUCAUCCUUGAGAUUCCGUCCCAGAUCGGCCUGCGAUACUUUGGCGUGCGAAACUGGCUUUCGGCAGCCGUUUUCCUCUGGGGCAUCAUCAUGAUUUGCAUGGGCUUCGCACCAAACUGGAACACUCUUGCAGGUCUUCGCGCAGUCCUCGGUGUUUUCGAGGCCGCCCUCUUUCCCGGUUGCGCGUACCUCCUCUCGUGCUGGUAUCCCCGGCGCUCGAUGGCUAGUCGCAACGUACUCUUCUACACGUCGUCAGCUGUGCUCGGCAACUUUGCCACCAUCUUGGGUUACGCCUUCUCGCUGAUGAACGGCACGCGCGGUCUGUCCGGCUGGUCGUGGAUCUUCAUCUGGUUCGGUAUCCUCACGGUGAUCAUCGCCAUCAUCGCUUACUUUGCCCUCGUCGACUUCCCUGACCGCGCGACGUUCCUUUCCGAGGAGGAGCGUCACCUUGUCCUCACUCGUAUCCAGCGUGACCGUGCCGACUCAGUACAUGACCCCCUCACUUGGACCAAGAUCGUCAAGUACUCAAAGGACUUCAAGCCGUGGCUCUUCGCCUGGUUCUUCAUGUCGGCCACCGUGUCGUCGUACGCCCUCGCCUACUUCCUCCCCGUCAUCCUCGCCGACCUCGGCUUCACCAACGUCCAGUCCAUGGUCCUCAACAUCCCGCCUAAUGCUUGGUCCGUCAUCCCCGCCCUCGUUACCGGCUACAUUGCCGACAAGUUCCGCCACAUGCGUGCCGCCGUCGUCAUCUUCAGCGCCAUCUGCAUCAUCGUCGGCACCGCCAUGUACUCGCAGCUCGGCGCCAACCAGAAGGUAGCGCGCUACGCCGGCAUCUUCAUUGCCGUCCAGGGCGGCAACUGCAACGUACCUCUCGUGCUCUCGUGGGCCCAGACGUCGAUCCGUGCCCAGUCCAAGCGCGCUUUCAUGGCCGCCGUCGUCGUCUGCUUCGGCGGCCUUGGCGGCAUCCUCGCCUCUGUUGCCUUCAACCAGAAUGAGGCCAAGAAGGGCUACCGCUCGGGUGUCAUCUUCACCAUGGUCAUCAACGCUGUCACUGUCAUCGGCGCUGCCGUCCUCCACUUCUGGAUGCGCAACCAGAACCGCCGUGCCGAGCGUGACAGCAAGGUCCUCGAGGAGGACGUCAACUUCCGUUACCAGGGUUAG